GCAAGAACUCACUGACGAAUUUAAUGCCCAAUGUCCAGCAGGGGUGCUAAGGUCGAUGAUAUCACUUCAAAAGUGGUACAACAACAAAAAAAAAAGAGACAAGGAAAACUGUGGCGGAAAAUCGAAUGGUUUUUCGAAAAACAGGAGGCGGUCCUUCGGAAACGCAGGAUGGUGGCCCAGAAUUAGAGUUAACUUUAGCGGCAAUGGAUUCCACGACGGUGUAUGGAUUACCAACAAAUUUUGGAGGAGACACCAUUGGAGAAUCGGAACUUUUGCCAGAUGAUGAGGAAGAUGAAGAUGAAUAUGAAUUCAGCGAGGAGGUAAACCCAGAAGAUUUUGCGAAACCACCAACUUCAAGGGCAAUACCAUCUUUUAUCUCAAAAUCAGUACCACUACCAGUAACAUCAAGAAGAAUGAAAUCGUUAGAUGCCGGCCAAGUUACUAUAUCAACUGAUGCAGGCAAUUUUGCGUCAACGCCAAUCAAACGAAAAUUGGAUUCUUGUCCGGUUCAAAAUCCGAAUGUUCUCGAAAAACUCGACUGGGGCGAUUAUAAAACUGGCCAUUUAAAAACACCCAGAUCUCAACAACUGCAUACAAUUUCUUCGAGGAGGAGGCCUACACUACAGGCAUUGCAUUCUAGCCACAUAUCGAAAAUGUAUGAUGAGUUGGCCAAGAAAAAAUUGCAGUUAGCGGACGUGCAACUAGAAGAAAUGAAAAUUCAACUCGAAGAACGGAAAAAGGAGACGGAACGGAGGAAAACAGAAUUUGCCCUAAAGAAAGAAGCUAUGGAACUGGACAUAGCAAUAAAAAAAGAACAGUUAAAAAAACUAAAAUUUACUAAUAUAGAUUUAUGAUAAUAAAAUAUUUAAU